GGUGUAACGGGUUUACGCACAGACUCUAACGAGGAUACUCGAACAUAAACGAUACUCCAACCCCAGUAAUAACAUAGGGAUGGAGUUUGGAAUUUCAAUGAAACUUAGCACUCAGUGAGACAAAUUGUAAAAUACUGAGAGUUACCAUAGAGGUAGCAUAACUAUUUUACGCUGCUUUAACUCUGAAAGUUUUCGUUUGGGUGAUUUCGACUCCGAGACGGUUGGCGGGACAUAGACAAGGGAGGAUAAGGACCCAGCUGUAAUUAAAUCUCAGUUUUAAAACAACUGGAGGAACUGUGACCAGGACACUAACAAAAGCAAAGUUUGUGUAAAAGAAGUGCAGGGACAUUUUCAGUACCAGGACCUCUGCUUACAAAGGUAGUAGCGCUGCAGUAAUGGAAGAAUCCUCGGAAGACUAUGACAAUUACACCUACGAUUAUCUGGAGUAUGGAGACUUCGAAGAAGUCAAGGGUGGAUACUCUCAGAAGGAAGCUAUGCACAUCAUAUCAGUUAUCAUAUAUAGUAUUUCCUUCGUGCUCGGUGUCACUGGAAAUGGAAUAGUCAUAUGGGUGACGGCAUUUAAAAGCAAACGAACAGUGAACAGUAUAUGGUUGCUGAACAUGGCCAUCGCAGAUUUUGUGUUUGUGCUCUUUUUGCCCUUCUCCAUCGACUACGUUCUUCGAGACUUCCACUGGUCCUUUGGGCUGGUCAUGUGUAAACUCAACUCGUUUGUGUCUGUGAUGAACAUGUAUGCCAGUGUGCUCUUCCUCAUGAUUCUCAGUCUAGACAGGUAUGUCUCAUUUGUCCACCUUAGCUGGUCUCAGAGGUGUCGCACUAUACUGCGAGCCUGGAUCGUAUGUGGCUGUGUGUGGGGGGUGUCUGCUCUACUGAGCCUACCUACUCUGAUAUUCCGUGACACUAUGCGCAUACAUGGCAGGGUGGUGUGCUUCAACAAUUUCAAUGUCCAGGAUGGGCAUUCAGCUGCUGUGAGACAUAUUACGCUGGUGGCCGUUCGUACAGCAGUGGGCUUCUUACUGCCCUUCAGUGCCAUCUGCGUGACUGGAAUUCUCCUGGCAAUCAAAGUCCACCAGUCUGAAGAUUCUGUGCGCCUAUCCAGCUUCUCUAAAACAGUUUCCGCUGUUAUUUUGGCCUUCUUUUUCUGCUGGGCACCGUUCCAUACCUUUAGUUUAAUGGAGCUUUCCAUGCACUCUUCAAUGUUUCUACAUACUGUUCUGAAGACAGGCUUUCCUCUUGCUACUAGCUUAGCCUUUUUCAACAGCUGUGUCAACCCUCUCCUCUACAUGUUGGUGGGCAAGAAGGUUCGCCAGCUCCUGAAGCGCUCGUGUCUGGACAUCACAAAGAGUUAUCUGCGGGAGCUCAGCCAGUCCAUCUCUGCAACUGAAUCAGUGACUGUAGCAGACAUCAGUCCUUCAGACAUCACUCCACCAGAGGAGCCCACAGAAUCAUCAACUGUAUGAUUAUAAUGCAGUACCUCCUAAACCCACAGUUACCUGUAAAGCAGAAAUCAACAAGAGCUGCUAUUUUACCUUUGAGAGCCAGCCUGACCAUUAUUUUACCAGAUGUGACUUAUUUUCUAUUCUACUUCAGUGUAACAUUUCUGCUAGUUGUUUCAGUUGGAUAUUUCCAAGCAGCAAUUACUCAGAGUGCCAACUUCUGUUGACUGUAAAUUGCCCUCAGUGGAAAACCUGAGUAAAGUCAUGCACUAAAAGUAUAACUUGCACAGGAAAAAAUAAGUAACUUUAAUGAUUUGAAAAAAAUAAUAUGAUCCUAAUUAUCCCAAAAACAACCAUCCCCACAGCCUCUGGAACAGGAAUUAUUAGAAGCAGAUCGACCAUUUUCAUAAACACUUUGUAUUUAGAUUUCGAUCUUUAAACAAAUCCAAGUUUAACCCUGAUGGGAAUUUGCAAGUCUCAGUAGGCCUUCUCUUUCCCUUAGGAAUAUAUUACAUUGAAAAGGUAUGUUUUCCUUUCUAAGAUAAUUUCCUGUUAUAGUGUUCUUUGUUAUUAUACACUAUAAAAAAUGCUGGGUUAAAAACAUCCCAAUUUGGGUAAAUAUUGGACAGAACACAUGUUGGGUUAUUUUGACCCAGCCAGUUGGGUCACAAACAACCCAUUGUUUUCUUUAAAAGAGAAAGGUUGGGUUGUUAAUGCUGGGUUAUUGAGCUAUGAUCCACCGGGUCAAACCAGAAGACUGGAGGGGUGGCUUAGUAGGGGUGUGGUUUUUAGAUAGUUAUUUUUGGCCACCUGUGAGGGCAAAUGUCAUUCCGGUUAAUCUGUUCUGUUUUCUUGUCAUCUGCUGUUAAGGUUGAGCACUGACACUUUUCAAAUCAAAUUUAAUUUGUCACAUGCACCGAAUACAACAGGUGUAGACCUUACCGUGAAAGGCUUACUCACAAUGAAAGGCUCACUCACAAUAAAAUAACAAUAACAAGGCUAUAUACAGGGUGUACCGGUACCAAGUCAAUCUGCAGGGGUACAGGUUAGUCAAGGUAAUUUGUUCGUGUAGGUAGGGGUAAAGUGACUAUGCAUAGGUAAUAAACAGCAAGUAGCAGCAGUGUAAAACAAAGGGGGGUCAAUGUAAAUAUUCCGGGUGGCCAUUUGAUUAAUUGUUCAGUGGUCUUAUGGCUUGGAGGUAGAAGCUGUUAAGGAGCCUUUUGGACCUAGACUUGGCGCCUGGUACCGCUUGCCAUGCGGUAACAGAGAGAACUGUCUAUGACUUGGGUGACUGGAGUCUUUAACAAUUUUUGGGGGCUUUCCUCUGACACCUCCCAGUAUAUAGGUUCAGGAUGGCAGGAAGCUUGGCCCCGGUCAUGUACAGGGCCAAACGCACUACCCUCUUUAGCACCUUACGGUUGGAUGCCGAACAGUUGCCAUACCAGCCGGUGAUGCAACCAGUCAGGAUGCUCUCGAUGGUGCAGCUGUAGAAAUUUUUGAGGAUCUAGGAACACAUGCCAAAUCUUUUCAGUCUCCUGUUGUCGUUGUCGUGUUGUUGUCGUGCCCUCUUCACGACUGUCUUGGUGUGUUUGGACCAUGAUAGUUUGUUGGUGAUGUGGACACCAAGAAACUUGAAACUCUCGACCCACUCCACUACAGCUUCGUUG